AUGUUCGAGAGUUGGAGGGAUAUUUCAGUGGAUAGAAAAACAAAGUUUUAUGAUUCAGAGAUAAAGCGCCAUUUUGUUGUUGAUGAUGGGCAUGACAAAUAUUACAUACUUGCUUCUGCUGCAAAGAAAUGGAAGGAUGGUCGUUGCCAAUUGUUUCAAAUAUUUUAUAGAUGGGAUCUCACUUUGGAGGAAAAUCUUCAAAAUUAUCCAAAAUGCAAAGGCAUUACGGAAAAUGAUUGGGUUGUUUUUGUUCAAUAUAGGCGGAAAGAAAAAACACAGAGAAUAGCAAAACAAAAUGCCCAGAAUAGAGGAAAAUUGAAGACUCCGCAUACACUUGGAUCUAAGUCGCUUGCAAGGAAGCAACAUGAGUUGGAAAAAUUACAAGCUGCAAUUAAGGAUUCCGUGUCUAAAAAUGAGGCAUUUGAGAAAGUAUUUGGAAAAGAACAUCAUGGAUAUGUUUGUAGCAUGGGACUUGGAGUUACACCAUCUCAAAUUAAUAGAUCUACGAGAUCAGCGUCUUCUUUUGAAGAAAAUGAAAAAAUAAAGGAAAUGCAAGAAGAAAUUAAUGCACUUAAAGAAAAUAAUUCAAAAAUUGAUGAAUUGAUGGAGGCAAUCGCAUUCUUAAAGCAAAGGGACAAUGCUAGGAAGGAGGAAAUUGAACUCUUAAUGCAAAUGCAAAAUUCUAGUGGAAGACAUGGAUUGGAAUCACCUGCUGAUGGAAGACGUUCUUCUGAGUCUAGCUACCGAAUUGCAGAUAAUGGAUCAUCAAGAAGGACAAAUUAG